AUGCCUUCACCGGCGAAUACCAGCUUCACCUUCACCCACAUCACGACGGCCACGGCCAUUCUGAGCAUCGAUGGGAUCAAUUUCCUUACCGACCCUUACUUCGGAGGUAUAGGCGACUUUCCUAGUGAUGUUGAUUGGUCGAAGGCACGCCUCAAGGAAGACUUUGGCCUGGAUGAGAUCCCUCCACCCUCAGUACUCUCACUAUCAAAGCCUCCAGUGAUGAAGCUUCACGAACUGCCGCCGAUCGAUGCAGUCCUCCUCAGCCAUGAAGAUCAUUAUGACAAUCUCGACCCCGAAGGUCGGAAGCUCCUCGAUGGACGCCGUGUGUUUACCACUAUAGACGGGGCCAGAAAUCUCCAGCCGCGUCCAGCCGUCGUCGGCUUGAAGCCGUGGGAGACGGUGACCUCAAUCAUUGGCGGCAAAGAAUUCCGCAUCACUGGCACCCCCUGCAAGCACUUCCCCGUAGGCGAGGUUACAGGAUUCAUACUCGAGUGUGAUUCUUUUGGUGUCCACGGGCCAAGUGGCAAGCCGAACGCAAUUUACUUCUCCGGCGACACUGUGUAUAUUGAUGAGCUGAAGAAAAUUAAGGAUCGCGUGCAUGUCAUGGCGGCUGUCCUCAAUCUGGGCAAUGCAACUUUUGAAUUUCCGAUUGGCCCAAUCCAAAUCACCAUGGAUGGUAAGCAGGCGGUACAGUUGGUGCAGGACAUCGGAGCCGAUAUCAUGGUACCCAUGCACUUUGAAGAUUGGGAGCAUUUCACCGAGCAUGGGGAGGAUCUGGCGAGGAUCUUUGAAGACGCAGGUAUCAUGCACAAGGUCUGCUGGAGCACUCCAGGAGUUCCCAAGGCUGUCUAUUAG